AUGGCACCACCUCUCUGUGAUCCCGAAAACUACAAAGAUGCUACCUUUGCCUUCUACCGCUUCGCCCCGUCUGUCGAAGCGAACAUUAUCUUUGUGAUCCUCUUCGGCAUUUCGGCACUCCUGCAUACGUUUCAAAUGUGGAAGACGAAAACAUGGUAUCUCUGGCCACUUGUCGCGAAGCGGUUGGAUACAUCGGAAGAGUCCUGA